AUGUCUCCGAACGCUGCCCCGCGCCCGAGCGGACCUCAUGCUCGCAGCUCACAUGCCUACGAGAGUCAUGGUGAAGGCGCGAGUAGCAAUAUACAAGGACAACGUGAUAUUCUCAUGGGAAAUGGCUCUCGACAGCAUUCAGAGGCAGUUGUGGCGUCACACUUCCUGGCGCAAGACCCCGAAACGUGGAUGGACUUUUUGAGAGACGGUACCGAAACCGACGUUAACCAGCAACCACAUUCCAGCGAGCUCGACCCCGCUGCAGCCCACGAAGCUCGCGCAAACCCCUCUUCCAUGCGAUACACGCUCCCCAGCCGCCCCUCGCCGCGUACAGACUCGCUGUCCUCUCGCAGCUCUGACCGCAAGCGACGCCUGACAACAGCUGACUCGCCUAUGAGGCGGCCAUCGAGUAUACGGAUGCACUCUGAGACCACUGGUAACUCUAGUAUGGACCCCAUCGUCCUGGAUUCCCCGCCUGCCUCUUUGCGAGCGCUUCCACCCACACCACCCGUCCCACCACAAGCCAACACUACGCCGGUCAGAAGGCAGAGCGAUAUCGUCCUGCCACCAUGGCAGCCGGAUAGCGAUGUCACACAGUGUCCGGUGUGCAAGAGACCUUUUACAUUUCUUCUUAGGAGGCAUCAUUGCAGUUGGGCAUCCACGCCAGAAUGGGCAAGAAGCUUGCAAAUCGCAGGAGGAAACCUAAUUUUGACAAAGCACAUGCUGACGGUUGCCGACAGGAAGUGUGGAAGAGUCGUGUGCGCCACGUGUUCGCCACAUCGUAUCACUAUACCCCGACAGUUCAUCGUCCAUCCCCCUUCCGAAAUGGCGGCAAACUUCAUUGAUCUGACCGGGGAUGAUGAGAAUGCCAUGUCGGCUUUCGGCCCGUUCCGCAACCCAGCGCUAGGCGGAGGCGAGGAAGUCCGCGUUUGCAAUCCAUGUGUACCUGAUCCCAAUUUUAGCCCACCGCCGCAGUAUCAACCCUCUGGCCGCGACCCGAGGUAUCCAUUGCAAUUUGCCCCGUCUCCCAGGUCGCCCCACGCCCCACCAACGCACCCACGCGCUCAUCGAUCUGCAUCAAGUGCGCAUGAUGCGUCACGGUUUGUGAAUCCAGGACAUGCUUAUGUUAAUCGCGAGGCUCCGAUCGACAACAGCCAGAAUAGGCGAGUGAGUUACCACGGCAGCUCAAACAUCGGAGAGCGAAGACUACCUCCUCUCCCACCCUCUGCUACUCAACAGCAACAUCCGCACCAUCGCGCGCCACUCAUUUCGCAGACGUUGUCAAGUAACCGCCCUCGUCACCGGUCAACCUUUGGGGCCGCAUCAUUUGCAGGAUCGCCGUUUGGACAAGCCACUUCCACUGCAAUCCCCCAACCGCUACAUCCUUAUCACGCACAGCUACCUCAGCCUCGACGUCAGAUCGCUGAGGAAGACGAAUGUCCUAUUUGCGGGGACGAGCUCCCCCCCAAGGGAUCUGAUGGUGAUGAGACGGACCGUACCCGACACAUUGAAGAGUGUAUCGCCUUACAUUCAGCUUCUCCUGGUCCCAAGGCAAUACCUGCACCACAGACAUCUGCAAGUCUGCCUACUCAGCGUACCCGUGGUAUGAGCAGUGCGGGAAAUGGCGAAGGAUCUAGCAAUAGAAUGAGCCAUGCUGCGCGCGGCAUGUUCCCCUAUAUUGCAACUGAGAAGGACUGUGUGGAUGAUGAGGGGGCGCAAGCAGAAUGCACGAUUUGUCUGGAAGACUUUGAGGCGGGAGAUCGCAUGGCGAGGGUGGAGAAUGGUUACUAA